AUGGUCAGUCGAUUCCGCUCCUCGCUUCGUACGGUCAGCGCACUGUCCUCAAAGAACUCCUUGGCCCUGAACAGGGCCGCUUCACUUGCAGCACGCGCAACAUUCUCGACACUUUCUCCAACAUGCUUCGCGUCCGCACAUACCGGAGAGUUAGCAUACACGACCGACAAGUUUCCCCACAUGAAGAGGAACAAGUCCUUCAAGAAGCUUUCGGAAGAGGAUAUCUCUUACUUCAAAUCCAUUCUGGCCCCCUCUAGUAUCACGCAGGACAAAGAAGACCUAGAGACAUUCAACAAUGACUGGUUGAGAAAGUACAGAGGUCAAUCAAAAUUGGUUUUAAAGCCAUCGUCAACGGAGCAGGUCUCCAAGGUCCUGCGAUAUUGCAACGAGAACAAAUUGGCAGUCGUCCCACAAGGUGGAAACACGGGUUUGGUCGGUGGCAGCGUGCCUGUGUUCGACGAGAUUGUGGUCUCCAUGUCCAACAUGAACUCGGUCAGGAGCUUUGAUACUGUCUCAGGCGCGCUUGUAUGCGAUGCAGGAUGCAUUCUCGAGGUACUAGAUAAGUACCUGGAGGAGCGUGGGUACACUAUGCCCCUCGAUUUAGGUGCAAAGGGCAGUUGUCAUAUCGGUGGAAACGUUUCGACCAAUGCUGGCGGUCUGAGAUUACUACGAUACGGAUCAUUGCAUGGAACCGUAUUGGGCCUGGAAGUCGUACUGCCUGACGGAACCAUCCUUGAUAACCUGUCGAUAUUGCGCAAGGACAAUACUGGAUACGACUUGAAGCAGCUUUUUAUUGGCUCUGAAGGCACCUUGGGAAUCGUCACAGGCGUGUCUAUCCUCUCGCCAAAGCGUUCCAAAGCAGUUAAUGUUGCACUACUGGGCCUCAACAGCUUUGAUCAAGUUCAGGCGACAUUUAAGAGGUCGAAGGACGAACUGUCGGAGAUUUUGUCAGCGUUUGAAUUCUGGGACCAGGAGGCCAUUAAGCUGGUCAAGCAGUAUCUUGCUGUAGGAGCAAACGAUCCUCUCCAGACGCCACAUCAGUUCUAUGUUCUUGUCGAAACCAGCGGCAGCAAUAAAGACCACGAUGAUGAGAAGUUGAGUAACUUUUUGGAAGGACUUCUGACAGAAAACAUCAUCCAGGAUGGCGUUGUUGCCCAGGACACGACUCAGAUCCACAACUUGUGGGCGAUUCGUGAGGGCAUCCCAGAGGCGUGUUCCAAAGCGGGAGCAGUCUACAAAUACGACAUCUCUAUGCCUGUUCCUGUCCUGUAUCAGGCUGUCAAGGAUAUGGAGAGCCAUUUGCUUCAUAAAAGUGCCCUAGGCGAUGGAAGACUCUUUACUUCAGUCAUUGGAUAUGGCCAUGUCGGUGAUGGCAAUCUUCAUCUGAAUGUGACCGCUAGGGAGUAUACUCGAGAGGCAACCGACCUAAUCGAGCCCUACAUCUUUGAGUGGACAGCUCAACAUGCCGGAUCUGUCUCUGCAGAACACGGCCUCGGCGCAUCCAAAAACAACCAUUUGCACUAUUCUAAGUCCCCGUCCAUGAUCCAGCUGAUGGAGAAGGUUAAGCAGAUGAUUGACCCUAAUGGUAUCAUGAACCCGUACAAGUUUUUACCCGACAAGUAA